AGUCGCAUCAGCAGUCAUAAUCUGCAAAGCAGCAGCCAAAAAGCCAGAAAUCCUACCCCGGUUCUCUCGAACCUUCAAGCUGGUGAUCUCUUUCCUCUGUCGUCAAAUUCUCAGAGCUUUUACUGGAUAAUGACCGGAUACUUUUCAAUAAAACGCAAUUAAAUUGAACGAGAAUGAGCGUGGAGCCGUUCAAUCGACUGGUCAAGUUAGCUGCUAGGGCAUUUUAUGAUGAUAUAACGACGAAAGGAGAUAAUCAGCCCAAGACCGGACGAAGUGACAAUCGAGGAAUUGCUGUUGUGGUUCUUGAUGCUCUCACCAGGCGGCAAUGGGUACGGGAAGAGGAUUUGGCAAAGGAUCUGAAAUUGCAUUCCAAGCAACUUCGCCGGACUUUGCGGUUCUUUGAAGAAGAGAAGCUGGUUACACGGGAUCAUAGGAAAGAGACAGCAAAAGGUGCUAAAGUUUACAAUGCUGCUGUAGCUGCUACAGCUGAUGGUCAUCACAAUGGGAGAGAAGGAGAUGAAAAAAUUAAGAUGCAUACCCACUCUUAUUGCUGUCUGGACUAUGCACAGAUAUACGAUGUUGUGAGGUACAGGUUACACCGCAUGAGGAAAAAGUUAAAGGAUGAGCUAGAUAACAAGAAUACUGUUCAGGAAUACGUGUGUCCGAACUGUGGAAAAAGAUAUAAUGCUUUGGAUGCCCUGCGGCUGGUUUCUAUGCUUGAUGAGUAUUUCCACUGUGAAAUUUGCAAUGGAGAACUUGUGGCAGAGAGUGAAAAGUUAACUGCUCAAGAGAUGGGAGAUGGAGACGACAAUGCAAGAAGGCGGCGACGUGAUAAACUAGAGGACAUGCUCAAAAAGAUGGAGACACAGCUGAAGCCAUUGAUGGAUCAACUCAAUAGAGUAAAAGAUUUGCCAGUUCCUGAAUUUGGUAAUCUCCAAGCAUGGGAAGCUCGAGCAAGUGCUGCUGCUCGGGCAGCAAAUGGAGAUCUUAAUGGAAAUGAUCCCUCUAAAUCUGGACAGGGACUUGGGUUUGGAGGAACGCCUAUGCCAUUUUUGGGUGACACAAAGGUUGAAGUUGAUUUCUCUGGUACUGAAGAAAAAGGAGAGAAUAUUAAAACUGAGAGUGCAAGUAAACCUAUGAAAGUUUUGCCCCCAUGGAUGAUUAAGCAAGGCAUGAUCCUUACAAAGGAGCAAAGAGGCGAGGUCAAGGAGGAGGCUAAGAUGGAUGGUUCUUCAGCACCUGCUGGAUCAUCUGAUGAGAAGAAAUCUGCAGCUGAAACAGACGUGAAGAAUAUACAGGACGAGUAUUUCAAAGCAUAUUAUGCUGCUUUACUCCAGCGUCAACAUGAACAAGAAGCUGCCCUCAGGGAACAGGGAUUGCCAAAUUCUAGUAUUUCCAAUGGUGCUGCUGAUACAUCAUUUGAAAGACAAGUUGGAAUGAAAUCUAAGCGUGAUGAUCAAGAUGAUGGAGACGACGUUGAAUGGGAGGAGGCAGCUCCUGCAGGCAACACGACGAGCGAAAAUUUCAAGGUUAAUGACUUAAAUGUCCAAGCGGAUGCUUCAGGAGAUGAUGACGAAGACGAUGGCUUGGAUUGGGAGGAAGGCUGAUGUUUUGUAAAAAAUUGUUGACUUUUUUAUUCUGAUGUAGUAUCAGGCGUGUAAAAAAGGGAAAUGGGCAAAAUGAUACUGAAGUCCCAGUGCUUGAGCGAACAUAUCCGUUAUCUCCCUACAGUUUUGAAACCCACAUUCUAUUCUACCCAUUGUUUAGAGAAAGUUGAUUUGUUAGGUCGGUAUGAUGUUGAACAAGAAAAGUUACUUUUCAAGUCAAUUAAUAGCUGAGUGAUAUGAUGCCCUUUGGCCAGGCAGAAUUAAUCAAA